CGAGCGCCGCCGCGCCCUCACUCACCCGCGGGCCGCCCGCCGUAGCGGCCGCCACUCGCCUCGGUGAAGCGCUGCCCGGCGGGCGGCCGUUGGCCGUUACCCGUUACGGCGGGGCCGUUACCCUCCGGUGGCGGCUGCAAGGGCUGCUCCUCGCGGGGCUGACUGAGUGGUCUUGACGGGGGGUGGCCUGGGGAACGGCCAGUAAGACUAAAUCCCAAAUUCUAGACCCAGCUAUGGCUUAUAUAAGAUAUACGUAUGUGAGUACAUAUAUAUGAAGGUACUUCUGAGGACCUCAUAAUGAGAAACCAGCCAAUUCCUGCUUGCAAAGGGGAUGUUUUAUAUACAGCUAUGCAGCGCUCCUGUGCCGGCUAUCACUUUUCAGUCAGAUCCGAGCGCGGUGCGAAGGCUAAGCCUGACCUCCCCAAAAGAAGAGACUGUCCCAGUGACCCCUGGGCUCUUCACCAAGCUGCUUGCCUGCAAGAACAGAUGGCCCACAGGCCCUGCCCUGGCUCCUCUAGCGGCAAGUUAAAUCCCAAGGAGGAGUGCUGUACAGAGAGAUCAGUUCUUGCCCAGCCAACAUUUGUUUUUGAAAAGAAGCACCGUCCUUUGAAGCGGCCUGCAGAAGACCUAGUUUGCAAAGCUGAAAAUGAUUUCGUUAGUUUUUCCAGAAAGCGUGCAAGAUCAUCAUCUUUUACUUCCCAGAAGUCUGACUCUCAGUCUAACACAGAAACAACUCUUGCUCAGAGAAGAGGGAGGUCAUCUUCAUUUACCAUCCUUCCUACCUUCCCACCCUCCCAGCCCGGAUCCUUGUCACAAAGUCAACUGCGCAAUGUCAUUAGACCUGCCAUUUUACAACCCCCACAAGCCCUGGCCUGUCCUGAAAAUCCUGUAGUAUCUCUAGUAACUAAGAAAGAAGCAUGUGCUCAGUUAUCUGAAGACAGCUCUUAUUCCUCAGCUGAGAAUUCAGUAGGUUUCAAAACAGCAGCAAGAUCAUCUACUACCUUGAAUCUUUCUAGCUCUAAAACAACACAAAGCCAGUCGUUUGCAGACAGAAGCGUACAAAACAGCAGCAAUUCUGAUUUUGUGUUUGGAGAAAACAUGGUUGAGAGAGUUUUGAGUCCUGAAAAGCAUCCCAAGCCAUGGAAUCAAGCUGAUUCAUACAAAAGAGAAAUAACAUCCAUGUAUAUAGAAUCUUUUCAUGUCAGUGCACAACCAAAAACAGUGUUGUUGAGGAAUGCAACACUAAUUGAAUCUGCAGGUGCUUGUAUUUCCAAGCCAGUGGAGAAGAUUCUGUUAGAUAAAGUUGACGUUAUAACCGGAGAAGAAGCAGAACACAAUGUAUUACAGAUCAACUGCAAGCUCUUUGUAUUUAGCAAGCUUUCUUUAACCUGGAUUGAAAGAGGCAGAGGAUCCCUGAGGCUUAAUGACACUUCUAGCAAUAAGUGUGGAAUGUUGCAGUCAAGACUGAUUAUGCGAAAUCAAGGCAGCUUGAGACUGCUUCUCAACACCCGACUCUGGGAUCAAAUGAUUGUAAAAAGAGCAAACAGAAAGAGCCUGUGCUUCACUGCAACAGACCAAAAGGACCACUCUGUUCAAGUAUUUCUAAUUCAGGCAAGCUCAAAAGACACUGGAUACUUGUAUGCAGCAAUCCAUCACCGCCUUGUGGCAUUGAGAAGCUUUGCUGAGCAAGAGCCAGAUGCCAAUCAGGUAGACACAGAGUCAGAAAUGUCUUUUCAGCCAUUAAACUGUGAUAGUGAAGAUGAAGAUGAUGAUGAAGAAAUAACUCAAGUGAGCAGCGGUGGAUCUGAUCAUUCUAGAUGGAACCGCAAGCGGUCCGUAGUCUGCUCAUGACACCUACCAGAGGAUACAACAGCACAGCUGGUAACUCAUCUUCCCAAAAUGUCUAAGCUGAUGCAUCAGUCCCUGGAGGGGGGAAAUCAGAUGAAUUUCACUUUAUAACUUUUAAGCAAGGAUUAAUUUUAGGGACACCUUAAGUUUAAUAUGUUGAGACAUAAGAUAUACUUUUGAGGAUUCUAGUUGGCCUGCUUUGCACUAAGAUGGGAAUGACACAAUGGCUUCCAAUAUUCAAGAAGUGUUACAAAGGCUUCAGGUUUUAGAAUUAAUUAUAUUUAGAUGCAUUACAAAAUAAAGGAAUUUUAUAGGGAAUAAAUGUUUUUUCAUCAUAUUGAUGGAUAAAACCACAUAACCAUGAGCUAAUAAUAAACAUGAAGAGAUAUUUCUUACUUUUCAUCUAUUAUUUAAAAGCUACAUUUGGAAAGAUUUAAAUCGGGUUUCACUGAAAACAUUCAUUUAAAAUGGUGUGGAAACAUUCAGCAUCCUGUUUGUAAGUACAUACAAGUGGAACUGGGAGUGGCAAUUUAGCAUGACCAAGGCCUAUAGAAACCAGCCUUCAUAACAAUGUGGGGUUUUUUUGUUUUGAAGACACCUGGAGUUGUAUACUGACUGACUGUAGAAUUUUGUUAAAGGGCAAAGAACCACAAACUGCCUUUAUAGCCAUAAGCACCAGGAGAAUUCACCAUUGCCAGCCAGUUCUAGGGGGUGUAGGAGCUUUUAAGAUCUAAAAGUGUAUCUGCUUGCAUUCAUGAAAACCUUUUGAGUUGCACAAAACAAGCACUUACACUGUUAAUUGUCCAUUUGAUAUAUGCAAAUAAGUGGGUAUCUGCAUAAAAAUUUGUCUGAAAUAUGAGAUUACUUCUGCCUUAGCUGUAGCUAUCCCCAAACAGCAUCAUUCCAUGAAAUAGAUGAAUGUUAUUCAUCCUAAUGUGUGCAAUAAUCCCAACAGUGCCAAGGACCCAGUCACUCUGUAAAAGUGAUUCCACAAACUGCUGCCUUCUACGGAACCAUUCUCAUGAAGAAUUAGAAAAAUCAGUUCUCUUUAAUGCCACCUGUGAAUUAAGACUUACCAGAUCAUUCAUAAGCCUGUGCACAGUACAGACACCAUUUAUGCUCUGUGUUUUCUAUUCAUUCUGUCAAAAGAUAAAGAAAAUGUGUCUGUAAUGGUUCUGCUGCAGUUCUCUGCUUCCUUGUAUAUUGUUGUUUACCAAAUAUUAUUUCUUUGUCAACCUCAGAGCUGAAACAUGGUCUGAAACAUCUGAAAUAAUUUUAUUUAAGGUACUUGUAACAAUUUCUCAGUCUUAAAAGCUGCAUCACACCUGAAGAGUCAAAUUACAAUUUUGUUUUCCAGUCUGAACAUAACGUAUGAAGUUGGAAGAAUAGCAGCUUCUUCCUGAGUUCUCAGUGCACCUGUCAAGAUUAGCAUCCAGAUGAAGCUGAAUUAGCAUCUGGAUUACACCAAGUCCUAAAUAGCCUGCCAAAAUUAGCACUUGUCUGACAUUGAUUUAGCAUCUGGAUGACAGUGAGUUUAAGUGGGACUCAAUUUUUGCCUUUAGGAAAAGGGGAGUGCUUCACAACAGAGCAGAUGUGUCAAACAGUGGGGCACUGGUCUUCUCUUUGACUUUUCAGUCUGCCGAUAACAAAAAUGUUCUUUCCGCCACCAGCUGUACAUUGUGUUCUUUUCUAUCAGCCUCACUCCUGACCACAACAAUAUUUGCAUCACUGACCUUCAUAUUUCAUUGCUGCAACACAUACUCAGGAACAAAGCUCCAUGUUAUAAAAACUUCAGUGGUAAAACACAGCAGCCCUGCCUAUUUAGCAACAGGUCAUGGGUGAUAACUUUGCCCUGGAGUUCAGCUGGCUAGGCGCUGAAUGCAGAGUUUGAUUUCAAAGUCUCUCCUGAUAAUCAAAGCCUUCCGUGAAAUAGGAUUUAAGCACCUGAGUGUCACAAUAUCCCUCUAAAUGCUACUACAGCUGUAAAAUCCUUGGCAAAUGAAGGAGCACUCCACAGCAGGCACAACAGAACUUCUGCAGACACAAACUUAAACUUCGUCACUUGCUCCCACAGCAUGAGGAACAAGACUUAUGGAAGCUCACAAAUAAGCCAGCUCUCUUUUACGUAUACACACAAGUGUAUACACAAACACACAUGCUUAUGCGCAUGCACUCUUAAACCAUGAAGCAAUGGCUCCUAAAAGCUGAGGAGGAAAAGAGAUGUUCAGCUAUUUUGUAGAGUUCGGAUACUGUGGUAGCAGAGGACUCAUAAAUACAUGCACAUGCAGACAUAUUUAUGAUAUCAAUUCUUACUCUUGAGAUUGUAAUCCUUUAUUUAUUCUAUUUAGUCCCAUUGCACUAAAAUUCAUUGUUUCUCAAGACUGAAGGGAUGCUAAUACAUAAUAUAUUAACUUGGUUUUAAAAAUGUAAAGUUUGUCAUUUUAUGACAGCCAGAGCAACAAUUUCUAUGACUGAACAAUAAACAAUUUUCUUACAGCUUUAAUUUUCUUCUAACUAGUUGUCUUAUUUUGUGUCCCAGUUAGAACUUCCUACAGACAGUUCCUUCCAUGCUGCAGAAUUUCAAGCCCCCUUUCCUAAGGAAACAAGAUUUAAACAGUUGCGUACUCCGUCCAUCUAUCUGUCAGGCCCACUUCGAGCCCACUGCUAGUUUUCAGAAAAACUGGACAGGAGGUAGAAAGCUCGAAGACAAUUUAAGUUCUUCAUGAAAACUGGCACUUGUUGAGUGACAGGGCUCUGAGGAAGUUAUCCUCUGAGGAAGAAGUUUUAGGGUAAGCUUGGUAUUUCCUGUGACGUUUGUGGAGUUGAGUGGCACCUUCCAAGCUGCAGCAUUAGCUGGGAGGGAGGAGGAAGAAGAACAAUAGAAGGAUGGAUACCUGGGAUUACUGAGGCCUGAGGAGGGAUGUAAGUAUGUGACCCAAUUCCAUAUGAAACUAGACAUCAGUAAUUUUGCUUUUUGUGGAGCAACCUGUUCUUCUAUGUUUUUCAGAUGACUUUUAUUUAUUUUUUAAUAUAUUUAUUUAUUUAUUUGUAACAAAUCCCAGUGAUUAAUUUAGAUAUACAAGGGAUGCAGAGCUGGAAACUCUUGCGUAUUAGAGCAGUAAUAAUUUUCAAAAGGAGGGAAAACUAACAAUUCCUAAUAUAAGGAUUCAUAUGCAGAUAUCUGCUGCUGAGGUUCUGAGUUCCUGGCAAAAUCUGCCUGGAUGGGAUAGUUUAAAUGGCUUAUUUUGUGUUCUGGAGGUGUUUUUAUCUCUUCCUAAAUCUUCUUACUCGGGCUUUUAUGCCAUGAUCUUUAGUGACUUCUGAAUUAGUUUUGGCAAACCUUAUGACAUUAGCAGUUUGGUAAUGUCUCUGUUGAAUGAAUACAGGGAAAACCUUCAGCACACUUGAUAUUGCUUUCAGUGCUACUGACAGCCUGUACAACAUGCCCAGGGAGGGAAGAGCAUCCUCUUUUCCCUAGCUGGGCUUUAGAGGACCCACCACUGGGGCACACUGGCAGAGACAUAGAAAAAGCAUACUUCGCCUGUUCUACAGCAGUUGUCUGUCUAAAAAGUGGAGUUCAGAUGCCUAAGUAAUCUUUCACAAACACUAUGAAGUUAUUCAUACAAAACGAUGUGUCUGCAGCUGUUUGAGCACAUUCAAAUUGCUUCUAAAAUGUUGAAGUCAGUUGUGUUAGUCCACUUCAGGGAUGGUGUAGUGUGCUUUGCAUAAACAAAGACUGAGAAGAAAAGUAGAAGAGUAAAUUUCUGUUAAUUAAAACAUAUUCUAACAGAAGUGUGGACAUGGAAGCUUGCCCCUUCUCAGUUUCAACAAUUUGCAUUCAUAAGAAUAACUGCAUUUCUUUUACUUUUUCUGAAGCAUCCUCCUUUAUUUUGUAAUUUAUGAAGCAAAUUAUAUGACUCAACUAUUUAAUCUUUAAUGAGGGUACAUAUGUUGCAAUAAAAAUGCAAGCACACAUUGAUAGACUCUGGGAUCAGAAAUUCGAUCAGACUACACCUGCUAGGGUGUUUGUCUGCCUGCCUUGUAAGAUUCUGACUUGUUGCACAAGUGACAUGUUCUCUAAGCGUUAGUCUGGAGUUUUCUCUGAAUAAUCAGGAUUAACAGCUGUGGUCAGCUGGGCUCAAAAUCUGAGGACUUUGUUUUGUGAAACGUCACCCUGAUGGUCUGUUUACCCCCUCCUCUGCCAAUGUAACUAACACUGAUAGCAUUAUUUUCAAUGGGAAGAUAACACUAUCGUUUUCAGGUAUCAGUAGUACUCAGGGGCAUAUAAAGAAAGUCUAGGGAAUGUAAAUGAUUGGAUUAGUUAAUUAUAUAACUGGUCAUUAAUUAAAUGAUCACAAGAAGGCAUUACUCAGACUUCAAUAAGAAGUAGAAAUGAACAGUUGUCCUAGAUUUAACUGCAUUAGAAGUAAUAUAUACGUUCUUUGGUAUGAAAAAAAGCUACAUUUGGAGACCUUCUUAAGUAAAACUUCUGGGACAGUCAUGCACUGCCAGUUUUGCAGUUGGUGUUAACGACUCAGGAAUAAUUUAGUGUUUACACAGAAAUUUUUCCAGUUACAUUGAUCUGUAACACAGAAUACAUGAUUUUAUUACAUAGUCUGCUGUAUAACUUGAAGAAUGUAGAGCUAAGGAUGCCUGGUUUUCUGCAGAUUUGUGUAUUGAAAUUUACCUCAUGUAUUUGUAACUCCUUGGUGUCUAAAACGGGCAUUAGUCUGAAGCGUUUUCCUUGCUGCAGGCAUUGCUGAGGUGUCCGUUUCUGUAAGGAAUUUUUAAGUACUCUGUGCCCAAAACAAAGCUGGUUGUGGUCAGCCAAGGGCUUAAAAAGUUAUUACAGUGGGAAUUCACCCCUGCUCCAUACUUGUAUCCUGUAAGAAUACCAGGCUAAAAUGCCCAUCUUUAUUAAUUUAAUUCUGUAUGAACGAAUCUGUCUCCUAAUGCACUGAGUAUAUUGUGCUGAAGUCAUUGAAGAUGGGGCAUGAAGACAUGUCAUAUGUCACAAACUGAGAAUAUAUUUCAAAAUAUGUAAAGUGUCAUUUGACAGAUACUUUCAUCUUGUACUUGUGUACCAGGUGUAUGUUCAAAUCAAAAGGUGUAGCUGGGGGGGGAAGGUUAAGUAGUGUCCGUGGAAUGUUUUGUAAGUAGGCCCAUUUACAAAGUAAGAUGCAAACUGUAAGUAACAUUCCAGAAACUCUACUUUUUGUGUUAUGGAAAGUUUAAACUGUUUUAGACA